AUGGAAUACAUUGAUACCUCCACACAAGAUAUGAAUGGGCCAGCCAACUUUGGGACGAAUGAGGAGCAGCCUUGGAACUGGCCAGAGGGGAGGCAGCCAUGGAGUCUGACCUGCCUGCUGCUGUCACCAUGUGGGGCCCAGCGAGGGGAGCUGAGGAAGUUUACUCACUAUGAUGUCCACAACUUGUACGGCUGGUCACAAGCGCAGCCCACCUUGGAGGCACUACAGGCUGUGACAGGGAAGAGGGGCAUUGUGGUGAGUCGAUCCACCUUCCCCUCCAGCGGGCAUUGGGUGGGGCACUGGUUUGGUGGCAACUCGGCGCACUGGGCAGACAUGCACAAGUCCAUCAUUGGCAUGAUGGAGUUCAACCUGUUUGGAAUUCCCUACAUUGGCGCUGACAUCUGUGGCUUCUUUGGGGACACCAGCGAGGAGAUGUGUGGCCGGAGGAACCACAACAUCCUCGGUGCUGCUGACCAUGACCCUGGACCGUGGCCGAGCGUGGCAGCAGCUGGCCGGGCAGCACUGACUGAGAAUGUGCGGAGUGCUGCCGAGAAUCAGAUUGGGUAUGUGAGAGUAGGUAGGAGAAAGAGAGUAUGCAAACCAUGGUGGAACAAUGAAAUCAGAGACGCCAGGAAGGAGCGAAAGAGAAUGAGUAAACAGUGUUGAGAAAAAAAAGAGACAUGAAAGCGAUGAGGCAGAGAAUGAAGCUGAACAGCGCUUCCUAUACACUCUUCAAGUGUGCCUACAGGCGCUAUAGGCUUUACCGUAAAAAAAAAAAAAAAAAAAAAAAUGCAUGGGAAGAAUAUGUGAAACAACAGGGACUCACAAGGCGAAUGAUAAUGAAAGCUAAAGUGAAGUGUGAAAGGAGUGUGAUUGAAUCUUUAAGAGAGAAAGGCAUGGAAGGUGGCCGUGAAUGGUACAAGUUCAGGAGAGGUGAGAAUAUAUCAGAGAAUGUUGGUGUGGAGAGUCUGAAAGUGAAUGGGGAAGUUGUAACAGAGAAGAAUGAGAUCAGGGAGGCAAUUGGACAGUUCUGGGAAGAGGUGGGUGGUGUAGGUGAAGUGUUUGGUGUGAGAGAAGGAUGUGUGACUCUGGAGAUGAAGAAUGCAGAUGAACUGAAUGAGAGAAUCAGCAAGGAGGAGGUAGAGAGAUGUGUGAAAAGCCAGAAGAAUGGGAAGGCAGCAGGUUUAGACGGGAUACCAUAUGAGAUGUAUAAAAAUGGUGGGGAGGUUGUUAUUGACAGGAUGACUGAGGUGUUUAACCAGGUCUGGGAGGAAGAGAGGGUGCCAAGAAUGUGGAAUGAAUGCAGGGUGACUCUGUUGCAUAAGGGAAGGCACAAGAGUAAGAAUGAACUGAAGAACUAUAGGCCGAUUGCAUUAUUAAACACAGUAAGUAAAGUAUUUAGUGGAGUGCUGAAUGAGAGAUUGUGUAAAUGGAUUGAGCGAGCUGGAGUGUUAGGUGAGGAACAGAAUGGUUUCCGUGUGAACAGGAGGGCUGAGGAUAACUUGUUUGUGGUAAAUGAAAUGAUUGAGGAAAAAAGAAAGGAGGGAGGCAAAUUGUAUUUAGGUUUUUUGGAUAUAGAAAAACCUUAUGAUAGGGUGGAUAGAGAAAUGCUAGUCAGAGUCUUAGGAAAGAUUGGGUUGAGUGAAAAAAUAAUCAACAUAGUGCAUAGCAUGUAUGUUGACACCAAAGCUAAAUACAGACUAGGAGAUAUAGAGGUGAAGAGUGAGAGAGGAGUUAGGCAAGGAUGUAUUCUGUCACCAACCCUUUUCAGUUUGUAUACAGAGGAGUUAGCAGCCAGAUUGAGAAGAAUGAAUGCAGGAGUAAGAGUGGGAAAUGAGAAGAUAGGUGUGCUCCUUUAUGCAGAUGAUGUGGUGGUCAUGAGUGAGUCAGCAGUUGAGUUGCAGAGAAUGCUAGAUGUUGUGGAUGGAUAUGGGAGAGACUUUGGAGUUAGGUUUAGUAGUGAGAAAA